CAGGUCGCCUGUAAGGAAGAAUUAUGUGCUACUUCAGCAUAAUACUGAUAAUAUUUGACUGCCGCGGCCUGUGAACCGUUCGCAAUGUUGCCAGCUGUGCUGUGGCUUCUGCUUUCCUGUGGAUUGGUUUCAGUUGCAAGUAUGGAAGACGUGUGGGUGGAGCUCCGCGCGCCGCGUUUCGUCGUUCACGGCCACAGCGCAGUUCUCCGCUGUGACCACAACGUGGACCCGGACACGCUAUACAAGGUGGUGUUCUUCAAAAGCGGCCAACGUAUCAUGCAGCACGUCCAAGGCAGGGAUCCUCCGUUUGAGUUAUACAACUUUACGGGAGCAGACAUAAAUCUACCCAAAAUGACACCAACCUCAAUAACGUUGGAGAGAAUGGAUUUCGCAGCGGCCGGGUCCUACGCCUGUGAAAUAGCCCUAGAAAUUCCACUGUAUUCAAAAGCGUCCAAAAUACACGAAGUGAGCGUUAUUGUUCGUCAGAAGUUCCGUCCAAGAAUAAAGAUAAAGCACAAAAAGCUGUCAUCGAAUGAGGACUUGGAAGCAUCGUGCCAGAGCGCUCCCGCAUACCCCGCACCCCACCUCACCUGGCUUAUUAAUAAUGUUAAGGUCGAUGAGCAUUUGACGAUACCCCACGGAACAGUGAACGUCCACCGUCACCACCAUGGACAGCCGCUGUCCCUCACCAACUCCUCCCUCCGCUUCCCUCUGUCGAACCUGCAGCUGUCGCCCAAUCAGACGGUGUACAUUACCUGCCUGAGCACCAUACCCAGCUACGCCAGCCUGACUGAGGGGUUUGCCGACCUCCAGAACAAUACGGUACCUGUGAACGUAGUACGCAUGUUACCGGCGCCGACGCAGCUUCCCGUUAAAAUAAUAACGUUCGAUCAAAAUCGUUCCAGCUAUUUAGUUAUAAGCUACCAUAGUUUACUCAUCAUUACGAUUUUCAACUUGAUAGAGAAAUUAAAAUUGUAAGUGUAUGUAGCUUUGAAUAUUUUGAUGUCCAUAUUUGUUUUUUUUUUCUCUAAAACUUCCGCUACCAAUGUGUAACUAA